AGGUCGUGGGGAAUCUUUCUUCGCCAAUUUACCCAUACGAUUUACCUUAGUCGUACAUGUAACGAUGAUGCUGCUUGCGAAUCGCAACUUGCAAUUUUCCUCGACUCAUCCGCCACAGCAAAUUUGUCUCGUUCAUUCGUUCCUGGGCCUUUCAUUGCAUUAAAUAUCAAAACUCAUCAGCCACUCUAACUCUACUCCACAUGGAAUGAAUGCAUAUACACACACUGAGCAGAGAAAAGAUAUUUUCUAACCGAACCCAAACUCUGCUGGCAUCAGUUGUGAUUCUGCAAACCUGCAACAAGAGUCUCACCAGUGAACCAGGGUAAAAAGCUGAUCUCGAUUUAUUCCGGGGCACUUUUGAGACGAGAAGUACAAGGGAAACGCUUCGACGUACGUAAGCGACUUGUGACGCAGAAGGGAGAUCAUCAUUAGCAUCAUGAGCACGAUAGACCCGUCGUACUACUACCUACCUGGAGAGGAUGGUUACCUGCUGGAAAAUUUUUCAAAUGUGACAGCAAUGUAUCCAACGGAUCUAAUUAGUUCGCCGUCGGAUAUGCCUCCGCCGCCCUCGUCUGAACCCGUGUUGACGUUUCCACCACAUUUCCAACUCUUGAUUUAUCUUGUAUACAAUUUCAUUUUCAUUUCAGCAGUCAUAGGCAAUAUUCUUGUCAUUUAUGUCGUCGCAUCUUCCCCACGUAUGAGGACAGUGACAAAUUAUCUAAUAGCGUCUCUUGCUCUUGGGGACCUCCUCAUGGCGCUUCUGUGUGUACCGUUUUCCUACAUAUCCGUCCUCCUCCAGUACUGGCCGUUCGGAUUGAUUUUGUGUCAUCUGGUCUCACCAGCGCAGGCUACUUGCGUGUUUGUGAGCGCCUACACUCUCGUAGCACUCGCGGUGGAUCGCUACAUUGCAAUUCUGUAUCCUUUGAGACCCAGAUUGAGAAGGAGUCAAGCUUUAGCUGUAAUUCUUGGUGUCUGGAUUGUUGCCUUAAUAACUGCGGCACCGAUUGCAGUUUUUACCCGACUAGAAGUUGAUGAGCAAAGAGCAGGUGGUUUGCCGCUGUGUGAAGAGUCGGCCUGGUCGGAUGACACCCUUCGUCUCGCGUACUCUCUCACUCUUAUGAUUCUUCAAUAUUUUCUGCCAAUAUCCGUUUUGGCAUUUACUUAUUCACGAAUUGUGAUCGCAGUUUGGGGAAAAAAACCUCCGGGUGAAGCAGAGGACAAUCGAGACCAAAGACUCGCUCGAGCAAAGCGAAAGACCAUCAAAACAACACUCCUCGUCAUUUCCACCUACACGUUGGCGUGGCUUCCGCUCAACCUCUUUCAACUCUACAUGGAGACUUUCACCAACGCUGCGCAACUUCCAAAUAUUGAGUACAUCUUUAUUGUGUGUCAUCUCCUGGCAAUGGGUCAUUCAGCGAUGAACCCCAUAAUUUAUGGGGCAUUCAACGACAGAUUUAGAGAGUCCUUCACCUCCGUGCUUAGUGGGUGUAGCAGAUACAGUAGGAAGAAUGGUGGGAGCAGUUCCAACAACAAGACGUCCAGCAGGGGCAGUACGAGUGUGUUGGUGUACAGCAAUAAAAAUUGGGUCAGAAGUACUCGAACUGCGGUUAGGGUGUAGUCGGACUUUGCCGUUUGUUGGGCAGCUAAAAAGAUUGUGAUAAGAGAGCGAAAGCAGCAGAAAAGUGAUUGCUAUGUAACAAUAUGAGCCGGAUCACCAUUCCGGGAGGACAUUUGGGAUCAAAGGGAUCAAUCGAACGGACAAAUUCUUCGGCCACACAAAGAAUGGUUGUCAGGGUUGGUUAUGCUUUAUUGUGAAUCGAAUCAACGUGUGAUUUGAUUGUGAUAUGGGAUGUAAUAAGUGGUAACAGUUGAAUCGGUAAUGA